AUGAUCAUCGUCCCCGAAAAGCAGACCCGCUACUGGCGCAACCGCUCCCCUUACCCCAGGACCAGCCGCACCCCUUCUUCCAGUCCCCCAGCCCAUGAAGCUGACGACGACUGGUCGGAGUCGAGCGAGAACGAUGAUGACAGAAGCAUUUUCCACUCCGGAGAUGAGGAACAGCAGUUGCCUCGUCCGAUCGCUGAAACCGAGACCGACUCUAAGUCGGUAAGCCUCUCAGCCACGCCCGCCAUCAUGACCCUUUCGUCCCCCGGCUCUUUUACAAGCGAGACGGAGCUUCGAUCGACCAGAUACCAACGGACCGCCGAAACAAGAGCAUCGCUCGCAGACGGAUGGGAACCUUGGCCUGCCCUAAGGAGAUCCAUCACUUGGGACCUGGACUCUACGCCCGGCAAUCCAUGUCGUCCUCGUGCUACUCGGCAUAGCACCCUGCCGAGCGACCAAUCCACAUAUAUCGACACCCAUCCAGCCAAUAACCUCAGCGAGCUGUUGGAAUUACAAGAGACACGUUCGGAGGAGGAGCUGGGCCCCCGCAGCCAGCACCUCAGACCCGUUCGAUCGAAUCUCACAGCCGUCGAGCUCUCCCGCUCACCCCUUCACAAUACCGGAAGCCUCCAGAGCACAGGUGUCCCCGCGAGAACCAAUCAGUCUCGCGACCCUUUUGUCACCGGAAACCUCGGAUACAGCCUCUCCCGCGUCGUCUCCCCUUCCCUACCCUUCCCGCGCCAAUACCAGCCGCUCGUACGGUGGUCCCUCAAUGUCAGCGCGACGAUGGCCUCACAAUCUGAUUCCAUGUCCGAUCUUACCACGGAAUCGGAAGAGGAUGAUGAUGACGACGAAGACGAAGACGAUGAUGCUUACUGGGCCAACCUUUCCCACCGCCUCGCCGCCGCAAUCCCGGAAUCCGAACUUCCCCGGGUUGGUGAUCCGGCUCCGUUCCCCAGCCGACCGCCGGGCGAAGAGAUAGUCGUCUUCCACGAGAGCAUGUGGUGCCACUGCGUCACCUGCUGCGAUUGGAAGCGCGCCUUCACAAGCAGGCCGCGCGGGGUGUGCCUGAACGCGAGAGUCGUGUCCAGGAGCGAGGCGGCGGAGAUGAGAGCUAAGGCGAUGAACGAGCUGGCACGUUGGCUCCUCGCCGGGAUCGUCGCGGUCUGGGUCUUGAUGAUGGCGGCGAACCUCAAAUUGGUAGCGCUUGAAGAAAUGCGCUGA